AUGGGCGCGCAGAAGAAGAAGGCCAAGUUCGUGGCCAAGGGCCUGCUGUCGCAGAAGAUCAAGCAGCGCAAUGCCAAGAAGAAGUUCCAGGCCAUGAAGGACAAGAAGCGCAACCGCUUCGAGCGCAACAGCGACGCGCCCAGCAAGAAGAAGCCGCGCGUGGCCGCGGGCGAGGGCGGCGCCGGCAAGAAGGACGAGCCCGACAUGCUGGACGAGAUGGAUGUGGACGACUUCCUGAACGCCGACUUCCUGGACUCGGACAACGAGGAGGACGCCAGCGACGACGAGGCCGAGGCCGAGACCUCCCAGAGCACGGCCAAGUCGGCUGCGUCCAAGCAGGAGAAGGACGACGACGACGUGGACGACGGCAGCAGCAGCGAGGAGGAGGACGAGAGCGCCCUCGACCCGCGCUACAUGACGGGCACGCCCUUCGGCGGCAAUGACGAUGCCGACGAGGAGGCUGUGGCUGAGGGCGACGAGAAGGAGGACGAUGAGGAGAACGACGACGCCGAGCAGGAGCAGGAGGAGCAGCAGGGAGCUGGACGCACCGUCGUGACCAUGGCCGUCCUGCAGAAGGCCGAGAAGGAGUGCUUUGAGACCAAGUCGGUCUCGGGCCUGCGUCGUCUGAUGAAGAUCUUCAGCGACGCCUGCCGCUCCAGCGACGCCGCCGACUCCAGCAAGGAGGGCGAAAUCACGUACGACGUGCAGAGCAGCGCCGUGUACAACCGCCUCAUGGUGAACGUGUUCCGCAAGACGCACGCGACGCUGACCACGUUGGUGGCGCUCGAGUCGACCUCGGAGGACGACGGCAAGUUCAAGAUCGACGACAAGAAGUGGAAGAAGUACUCGCUGGUGAUCCGCCGCUUCUUCAGCUGCGCGUGCUACCUGCUGGAGCAGACCACCGGACAGGACAUUCAGACGUUCGUGCUGCGCGAGCUCGUGCACUACAUUCCGUUCGUGGUGCCGUGCCCCAAGACCUCGCGGAGGAUGCUCAAGGCGCUGCUGAAGCUCUGGGCCAAGUCGCUGAACGCCAACGUGUGCAUGCUGGCCUUCGUUCGCAUCCGCGACAUGGCUCUGGCUGUGCCCUUCCCGUUCCUGGAGCUCUGCCUCAAGGGCAUCUACGUCACGUACAUGCGCAACACCAAGUUCACGAACGAGGUGACGCUGCCCCACCACGUGCUCAUGGGCAACUGUGUCGUCGAGCUCUUUGGCCUCGACCUCAGCAGCUCGUACCAGCACGCCUUCGUCUACAUCCGCGAGCUGGCAAUUGCUGUGCGCAAGACUAUCACAUCCCCGGGCCCGGACUCGUUCAAGGCUGCUCUCAACUGGCAGUUCUUCAACCAGCUGCGCGUGUGGACUGCCGUGGUGUGCGCGUACCCGGCCGAGAACCAGCUCCGCGCGCUCGUGUACCCGCUGAGCCAGCUUCUGCUCGCCGUGGUGCGGCUAUCGAGCACGCUGCGCUUUGCGCCACUGCGUCUCCACUGCGUGAAGCUGCUCCAGCAGCUCGCGCUGGCCACCAACUCCUUCAUCCCCACGAGCCCGGCCCUGCUUGAGAUUCUGCAGCUGGAGCCGUUCCGUUCGUCCUACAAGGGCAGCGGCAAGAAGGGAGCCAAGGGUGCUAGCAACUCCACCACGGAGGUGGACCUGGAGCUGUGCGUGAAGCUGUCCAAGACUGCGCUGGACGCCAAGCGCGUGCACGACCAGGUGAUCGUGAGGCUCUUCGAGCUGCUGCAGCGUGAGUGCGACGUGUACAAGUUCAAUGUGGCGUUCCCGGAGUUCGCGGUGCCGCUGCAGCUCACGCUCAACAAGUUCAUGCACGCUUGCGCCGUCCCCAAGUGGAAGGCCCAAGUGCGUGGUCUGAGCGACAGCAUCAAGAAGCGCGCGGACUGGAUCCGCUCCAAGCGCAGCGGCCUGGACCUGUGCCCGAAGGACACGGCGCAGCUGGACGACUUCCUGCGCGCGGAGCGUGAGGCCGCCGUCAAGAAACUGUUCGAGAAGGACGCGACGGACCUGCAGGAGAAGCUGGACGCUUCAGCUGAUGCCUCCAAGGAGAAGGAGGAGAGCAGCUCCGAGCAGGCCGAGGACGACAAGAAGAAGAAGAGCAAAAAGAGGAACAAGAAGCAGCGUGCCAAGAAGUCGGGCACGCCCGUGGACGAGGAGACGGUCGCCAAGGUGAAGAAGAUGUCGCUCAAGGAGUUCAAGAAGUCGGUGGCCGAGGUGGACGCCGCCGACGAGGUGGGCGACUUCAACUUCUCGUCGGACGAGGAGUAA